AUGAACUCCGGUUACAAAUACAGAUCGAGGUUUGCAUCCAAGAAACUGAAAGAAGCCAGAUUCGCCCUCGCCAACGGAGGCGAGGUUGGCGGCAUCAGUAACGAGGGAAACACCUGCUUCAUGAACUCCGUCAUACAAUCACUUGCUUCGUCGAGGCUGUUGGUAACCUUCAUCGACUCGUACCUUUACAGCGAGCUCGAACUCGAUACCAAAGAAGACGGCCAGGUAAUGAAAAUGAAGACCACCACCCCCAAGCCAGAACUUGUGUUCACCAACGCAUUGAAGACGUUGUUGGAGCAAGUCAACGGCAGCUACGGAACGAAGGGAAAGGAAUUUAGCACCAAGCAAUUGCUCAACAAAAUGCCCAAUGGCCCAAAGCAAAACUUCUUCUCGGGGUACAACCAAGAGGACGCCCAAGAGUUCUACCAGUUGGUGAUGGGACUCUUGGAAAAAGAAUUCAAGGGCUUGCAGGGCAAACCUUCCAAAAAGUCAGACUCCCCAGCAGACCAAUUCGUUGACGUAGCAGACGUCAAAAACCUCGUUCUCGCUGGAGACCAGUUGGGCAAACUUGGCACUGUGUAUGUUCCAGCCUUCCAGGUUGAUCCCAACAUGGACGACAAGCAUAAAUUUUAUCCAUUGGAAUUGAUAACCCCGGUCGAUGGAAUUUCUGCUGAUCGGAUCGGGUGUUUGACCUGUGGAGAGGUAGGAGGAAUUAGGUAUUCGGUGACAAGUGGGUUGAGUUUGAACUUGCCCAAUAACUCCUCCUACUACACCAGUUUCAACUUGAACGGGUUGAUGGACAACUGGAUCACCCCCGAAAUCAUCGAGGACGUGAACUGUAAUAGAUGCGGUUUAAAUCAGACCAGAGAUUUCUUGAUAGAAAAAUUGGCCACGCUAGAAGAAACAAACCCCAAUGGAAAGAUUCUUGACCAGUUCAAAUCCAGACUUGACUCCAUCAAUCAAGAGUUGAAGCAUCCACACAUAACAGACGAUGUGUUUGAAAAACUUACCAUCAAGCAAAUGAUCAAAAAGAGCAAGAAAUCCAAACAAAUCUUCUUGAGUAGACCACCGCCAUUAUUAUCCAUCCACAUCAACAGAUCUGUGUUCGAUCCAAGAACCUAUCUGAUUGUCAAAAACCCCAGCAAUGUUCAAUUCCCCGCUACUUUAGAUCUCUCCAAGUACACAGCUGAGCCUGAAGAUAUCAACAUGGAUGCCAGAUUAUCCUUCAGGAAGCAGGAUGAGAGAUCGGUAUUGAAAAGUGACCCAGAAGUCCCUCAAGACCUGGUUUCUGCAAGCCCCUCCGAGGCUUCCUCCGGCUCUGACUUCGAGAUGGAGGACAGGGAGAAGGAAACAGUCACUACAACCACAAGUGCUGAAGAAGUUGCGGCUAAUCCUUCUUUGCUUUACGGUCUUAAGGCAGUGAUUUCUCACUACGGUACCCAUAAUUACGGUCAUUACAUCUGUUUCCGUAAAUUCAGAGGUACCUGGUGGAGAAUCAGUGAUGAGUCGGUAUACGUCGUCAACGAGGAUGAAGUACUCAGCGGCCAAGGCACCUUCAUGUUGUUCUAUGAAUAUGAUGAUGGGCAUAAGGAAGUCCUUAACGACGUCAGUGACAGUGAGGAGGAAGAGGCCGAAGAAGAAGACGACGAAGAGAUCCAACAGGCCCUGGAAGUGGAAGAAGAAGAGGAUGAAAAUGUCGAGUUGCUGUCAGUCCAAAGAAGCGAGGAUUCCAAUUCUUCAUUCCAGGUGAAUCUCCAGCCCUUGACCCAAAGCAUUUCCAAUGAGCAUGUCGAUGACGAGUUCCAUUACGGAGAAGAAAGGGUGCAUUUAUAA